CGGAAGGGCCCGAGCUGGCCGUCGGAAGUCGUUGCUUCUCCCCUGUCCCCGCAUGGCGGCCGCUGGGCACCUUUUGCUCCGGGCGCCAUCCUUACGGCUGCUGCCCGCGUUGCGGGCGAGGGGCUGCGGCGGGCCAAGAACUCUGGGGGCGUAAGCCGGGCCUAGCCGGCGCCUUUCAUCAUCACUUGCAGCCCUUCUCCUCCUCUCCGUCUCCCGCAGGAUCGGUGACCGCGGAGCUAAUGGGGAAGUACUUCUUGAGCCUGAGCGUCCUCAAAGGGCCCUGGGACCAAGUCUUUGCCGCCUUCUGGCAGCGCUAUCCCAAUCCCUAUAGCAAACAUGUCCUGACAGAAGAUAUUUUGCACCGGGAAGUGACAGAAGACCAGAAGCUGCUCUCGAGGCGGCUCCUAACGAAGACCAACAGGAUGCCUCGCUGGGCAGAGCGCUUUUUUCCAGCCAAUGUUGCCCACUCUGUCUACAUCCUAGAAGAUUCCAUUGUGGACCCACAGAACCGAACCAUGACCACAUUCACCUGGAACAUUAAUCAUGCACGUCUUAUGGUGGUGGAGGAGCGGUGUGUUUACAAAGAGAACCCAGAAAACAGCAACUGGACAGAAGUCAAGCGAGAAGCUUGGGUCUCCUCCAGUCUGUUUGGUGUCUCCCGUGCUGUCCAGGAGUUCGGCUUGGCCAGGUUCAAGAGCAAUGUGACCAAGAGCACUAAAGGGUUUGAGUAUGUGCUAGCCAAAAUGCAAGGUGAAGCACCAUCUAAAACACUGGUGGAAACAGCCAAAGAGGCAACUGAGAAAGCCAAGGAGACUGCUUUGGCUGCCACCGAGAAAGCGAAGGACUUGGCUAGCAAGGCAGCUACUAAAAAGAAGCAACAGUUUGUGUGAAAAAAAAAACUGUUUCCUGCUAUGGGACUGGAUUGCCUCUGGCAAAGUGCAGCAUAGUAAUACUGGGAAACUCCCCUGUACCUGAGCUUUUCUUCCCCUGGGAGACAAAGCUGACCAGUAUGUCUAGGUUUUAUUUUUUUUAAUUGAAACUGUACAAAUCUGACAAUCAUCAUCUUUCUAAAAGGUGUAAUUAUCGUUAAAAUAGACUUCAAUUGAAUCUAGUGCCAGGGCCUGUUCCUCAGGUGGGCGCUAUUCUUCACAGCUGUGAUUGAAUAAUGUAAGUCUCCUUGCUUACAUUUUCUGACUCUGCAAUGUGGAGGCUGCUGUCUAUAAUAAAACUCGGUUGAGACGA